AUGGGAGAUCGACACACGAUCCAGCAAAACCUCAAUGGUUUGCUGUCAAAGCUAAAUGAUCCGGACCCUGAUAUGCGAUACAUGUCUUUAAAUGACCUUUACGGUAUUCUCAGCAAUCCCUGCUCCUCUUACCUGGCCCACGAUCAGGCCUCCGCAACCAGACUCGCCGAGGGCUUGCUGAAGGCGCUGGAUGACCAACAUGGGGAUGUUCAAAACCAGGCACUGAAAUGUCUUGGCCCUCUUGUUGCUCGAUUACCCCUCGAAGGCCUACGGACGCUGCUUGAGAGGCUAUCGAACCUCACUACCUCCCAGACUAUUGACACCUCCGUUCCAAAUACCGCAUUGCGGGUCAUUGUAACAGCACUCCCACGCCCUCAGCCAAACCAAGCCCCCAGCCCUGACGCUAAUAUGGCAUACUCUGCGGUUUCUGAAGUCCUCAUUCCCCGUUUGAUCGGUCCUGGGCCCCAUAAGCGGAGAGGCUCAGUCACAAAAGGAAUGCUGGAAAAGGACCCUGCCAAGGGUUUCAGCAGCGAUGCAAUUGAUGUCCUCAUACAAGUGGCCUCGUGUUUUGGUGCACUUCUCCAGGAGAGCGAGUUGACGGCUUUGGAAAAGGCAGUCAUGUCUAUCAUUGAUAACGAUACAGCUGGUACUGUUGUCACCAAACGGGCAUUAGCUGCUAUUUCAGCAUUGGUUGUUUACUUCUCGGACGAGCAGUUUGGAAUCCUUGUUUCUGAACUCGUCGAACGGUUCAACUCUCCUCAACUAAGCACUGUCCACCGUCGUCAUUUGAUUGCUGCUGUCGGAUGCUUAGCGAGAACGGUACCGGCGAAAUUCGGUCCUCAUCUUUCUACCCUGGCACCGUUUAUCUUCUCGGCAGUUGGUGAAGAUAACCUGGAGGUAAGCCAUGUCCUGCAUUAUUUAUGUACUUCCGCAUCUAACGUGUACAGUAGCCGAAACAAACCAAAGAUCUACCACCAAUACCGUCAGUUGCCUAAAGAAAAGCUAAUUACUGGUAUGUAG